CACGGUGCAAACGCACCCGCCACAAAGGCCAGACUGACACACCUCCAUCUGUCAAAGAAAAAGCGAUGUCAGACAGGAGUUACAUUAAUUUGAAGAUACAGAUCAAUAAUGACUGUACUCCAGAACCAACACCAAAGCGGUUCAAGUGCACCUCUCCAGAUGAAGGGUGUUUCUUGGCCGAGGAGAGCCGCCGGAGGAGCUCUGUGCCUUUUGAUAAGGACGUGGACAGUCUCCUGUGCCUGCAGGACAGAGGAGACGAUGGCUAUUUUUCCCUGUCCUUUGAAGCAGAUGACGUCCAAAGUCCAGAGGAUCUCAAACUUGGACCUCCUCUAUUUGAGUCCUCUGCGCUUUGUGGGGUGGAAGAAUCUUUAAACCACAGCGAGUGGGAGUCAACCCUCCCUCUACAAGUACAGGUCAAAUCAGUGGUCGUUCCUGUGGUGCCUGCAGUUUCUGUUGCUCCAGUAGAGGGCGCUGUUAGACCACAGUUAGCGAGAGAAGAGGAGGAAAAGAGAAAAUACAUCAGUGCUGUAACAAGGCACAUGAAUGAGCAGCCCUCCACUCAAGAUGUGAUGGGGGAGCUUCUAAGUCUCGUAUCUGAAGUAGCCCGAGAUUCACGAGCCCCGCAUUGGCAACAUCCCUCAGAUCUAACCAGGAGAAAUUAUGUAAAAAGAUUUAAACCCACCCCAGUGGCACUUGAAGAAUAUGAGAAAAGCUUGGACUUCACCUUCAAACGAUUCUCCACUAUUCCAAAACUCUUCAAAAGAUGCACUUGACUGAAUGUUGUGAAUCAGUUUGCUUAACUUUUCAAUGUUUGUAAGAAGUGUUAUUAAAUGAGUGUUUCUGUGUUUGUUCAUUAUUGUGCUUGUUUGCAUGUACAAGCACUUGAGAAUGUUGUGUAUUUCGCUCAUGCAAGUGUCGGGUGAACCACUGAUCGUUCCCAUUCCAGUCCAAAUCUACACUUUUUACACUGAAAUUGUAACUGUUUCUUUUAAAUAAUUUCAAUAUUAUCAGUUGAAAUGGCUUCAGAUGUUUGUGUACUCAAUCCAUGACUUUUUGAAAUGCAUUUUUUCACCAUGUUCUAUUGUAUUUAUCUUUGCAUGUUUGUAAGACUUUGACUUUUUACAAAAGCACUUAACGUAUCCUAAAGUAAACUGUUUGUCUCUCUUAUGUUUCCUGUUUUGAGUACCUUACAUUUCUAAUCCAUUGAUAAGUUCCCAUUAAGCCCAUUAAAGGCAA